UCCGUCGUGAACGCCAAGCAUUUCAACUUCAUAAUGUUGGCUUCCGGGACGAUUCCUACAAGAGAAGCAAUGUCAUACAAGUGUGAAAUUCCCCAGUUUCGCACUCCAAUACGAAUAUAUUAUGAGAAUCAGAACACCCGAAAGAUAUCAUAUGUUGAAUACCUGGACAUACAAAUAAAACCAGUGGGCUGCCCAGUUGGAAAAUACGGGUUACUUUGCCACAAAACCUGCAUCUGUAAGAACGGCGCCCGCUGCCACGGGUUUAACGGUGCCUGCAAAUGUCCGCCCGGUUGGAAAGGUGUGGCCUGUGACAUUCCCAAACAGGACGUCUCCGUCACGACGACACCUAGCGAUCCUCGCGAUAUCUACAUUUCCGCAAAUAUCACGUUUCAUUGCAAGGCACACCAUAUCGAGGUUAGGUCCGUGUCAAUAACCUUUCAAAAUGUGACAACGAAAGUUACAUUUGGUGUAAAUGAGACUGACUUUGAGGUUUCGAAAAUACAACCAACCAACAGUGGACCCUACACCUGCCAGGUCCGAGACACCCGGGGAAACACACUCAACACCACGUUUGUGCUCAAUGUUACCAACUGUGCUCCUGACACAAAAGGUGCUCGGUGUGAUGAAGUGUGUGGUUGCCUACAAGGUGCCAGCUGUGACCGUUGGGCUGGUUGUGUCUGUCCGCCGGGAUGGACAGGAAUCAGGUGUCAUACAAAAUGUCGCCAUGGCAAGUACGGUAAAGACUGUGAAAGGAACUGUACAUGUCAAAAUGGGGCGAGUUGUAGCUCUAGCGAUGGUACGUGUGAGUGCACCGACGGGUGGUACGGUAAGGAUUGUAGCAAACAGUGUAAAAACGGUCGGUUCGGUUGGAGAUGUCAGCAGAUUUGUACCUGUAAGAAUAACGCUACAUGUAGCAACGUGGAUGGCAGCUGCGCAUGUGUGACGCCAUGGACGGGGCCGGACUGUGACCAAUGGCAGACAAGCAGAGAUGAACCGCUGCUCGAAAUCCUGGUUUCACUAGGCUCCUUAGUCGUCCUUGUUGCCAUAGUGAUGGCAAUACUCUACAAAACGGGCAUUCUGGCUUGCUCCGCACCUGACACAGGCGAGGAGGACAAGAUACUUUUCGAACUGAGGAAAAUGGAGCAGGAUCUAGCACAGAGCCUACAGCCGGGCUGGCUGGGACGUUGGGAGAAGAAGAUCAAACAUCUUACUCCUGGUCCACUGAUAGGAGAAGGAAUGUUUGGACUAGUCAGAAAAGGAAAACUGCGCACAUUUGAGGGAGAGCUCGCCGUUGCCGCCAAGACAGUUCGCGUCGAGGACUCACAGUCCUACCGAGACUUCUACAGAGAAGCAGCCAUUUUGGUAGCUGUGCACCAAUGGCUCAUCACCACGUCUGCGGAUAAGUACAUUCUUUUGGAAUAUGCCUCCAAAGGAGAUAUCUUGGGUUUGCUACGACGAUUUGGGAACAUCAACGAGAAAGACCUACUUGGAAACAUUCUUGGCUACGCAGUCCACAUACCACGAGCCCUACAAGAGCUGGAACGCUUGAGAAUCGCCCAUCGUGACGUGGCUGCUCGCGACGUCCUCAUCACUGCCGAUGACGUGGCCAAGUUGGCUGACUUUGGACUGGCCAGAGAUGUCUACGCCACUACUCAGUAUGUCCGAUGCAACCGUCCAGGCGUUGACGAACUUCUUCCGCUGAAGUGGAUGGCGCUGGAGUCCAUCGAGAACGGCGAGUACACCUGUCAGAGUGACGUCUGGUCCUUCGGUGUGCUGCUGUGGGAGAUCGCCACGCUGGGGAAAGAUCCGUGCUACGAUGGCAGGAUGCAGCUGAGCUUUCUUCAGAUGGUGGGGAUUCUGAGGCAAGGAAUACGGUUGGAGAGGCCGCCGGGAUGUCCAGAGGACCUGUACCGACUGAUGAGGUCGUGUUGGCGCGACGUUCCAGAUACCAGACCGACUCCGGAAGGGAUAGAAGAGAGGCUGCUGCACUUGAGACGUGCACUGCUUCCACAUGACGUCAUUGAAAUGGAGACUGUGGUGUAG